AUGAACAGGACUGCCAAGGCAACUCCAACAGUGCCAAAUGUUGCUGUGGCAUCAAUAAUAUGUGGAAGAGAGCGAGAAAAGCAGGAAAUAAUAUCUAAACUGGUGGACAAAAAUAACCAACAGAUAAUCAAGAUAGUCUCCAUAAUUGGGCUUGGUGGCUCUGGGAAAACUGCCUUGUCUAACCUAGUUUUCGGUGAUGGUAACACCGUAAAGGAUCAUUUUGAAGUAAGAAUAUGGGUUCAUGUGCCCCAAGAAUUUGAUGUCCAACAGCUUAUGAUGAAGAUGUUUGAAGCCAUUACUUAUCAAAAAUCUGAACAUCAUUCCAUACAGAACAUAAUUCAAACUAUAGCAGAUACAUUGACUGGAAAGAGGUAUUUGCUUGUAUUAGAUGAUGUCUGGACUGUGGACCGAAGUCAAUGGGAAGAUUUUAUGUUAUAUAUAAAGAGAGGAGCACCUGGAAGUAGUAUUUUGUUGACAAGUCGCAACAGAAAUGUUGCAGAAGCAGUGGAAUCAACAGAUCUGUCGAAGUUGUCGUCCUUGUCUAAGGAUGAUAGCUGGACAGUGUUCACUCAGAUCAUUGGUGAGGACAUAAAAGGUUUGGACUCUGAAUUAUUGGAAGUUGGGAGAGAGAUUGUGAAUAAAUGUGGUGGGGUGCCACUUGCAAUUAAAGUUCUUGCAAAUGUCCUUCGUGGCAAGACACGUAUAGAACAAUGGAAGGCCGUGAGAGACAGUAAUCUACUAGAUGCUGAGGAUAAAGAGCAUAGAGUAUUAGCAAGCUUGAUGUUGAGCUAUUCCCAUUUACCAUCCCAUCUGAAACGGUGCUUCACAAUAUGUUCAUUGUUUCCUAAAGGCCUUCCGCUCGAUAAACAACAAUUGGUUGACCAAUGGAUUGCUCACAAUGUGAUUAGUUUGACUCAUGGUUACAAUUGCUUGGAGGAUGUUGGCGACGAGUGCUUCAAUUCACUUGUGCAAGUUUCUUUUCUCCAGGAUGUGAAGGAAUAUUUUGGGAGAGUGUGUUACGAGAUGCAUGAUUUGCUUCAUGAUCUUGCCCAGUUCAUCUUGGAUGAGCAAAUUUCAACUAAUGUGCCAAAGGAUGCAACCAGUUCCACAAAAUACCACAAAUACUUUUCCUUAGUUCAACAGCCAAAUAAACCUUUGCCUAGAAUGUUUUUCAAGAAUGCACGUGCUAUAUAUGUUGAUGGUGGUGAUUGUGAUGAUAUAAUAUUCAACAAGGCCAAGAAUGCAAAGCACUUGUGCAGUAUCAUUGCAAACAAUAAUCUAUCGACAACAAUGCUCACUGCCAUAUUUCAGACAAAACAUUUGAAAUAUCUUGAGAUGUCAAGAUUGCAAUGUGAAUCACUCCCUGAAACUAUGUCAGAUAUUUGGAGCCUGCAAGCUCUGCAUCUAGAAUGUAGUAGCCUUCUCGAGUUGCCCAAAUCUAUUGGUAAGCUGCAAAAGUUAAGAACACUGAACCUAUCAUGGUGUAUGAAGCUAAAGUUUUUACCAGAUUCAAUUGGUGACUGUAAUAUGCUUUCAAGCAUUUAUCUUUGCCAGUACAUGGAGCUUGCAGCCUUGCCAAAUUCUAUUGGUAGAAAUAAAAAGCUAAGAGUUCUUAAACUAGAUCAUACCAAGAUUAAAGAGCUACCUGUAGUUAUAACAAAUUUGAGAAAUCUACAAUGUUUGAGUCUACGUAAUUGUUAUAGGCUGGUAGAGUUGCCCAAAGGCAUCGGAAAUUUGGAUAAGCUUCAAGUUUUGAACCUAGAAUAUUGUGUGCAGCUGGUAGAGCUACCUAAAGACAUUAACAACUUGGAGAAGCUUCAUGUUUUGAACUUGGAAAAUUGUGGGGAACUGGUAAAUCUACCUGAAGGCACUAGCAAGUUGGAGAAGCUUUAA